AUGGCCGCCUCGGAUAACGAUCAGUAUGCCUUUCACGAUGAUGCGGCCGCCGGAGACGACCAGUCUGUCCUGUCUACGCGUGGCAUAGAGGCAUUCGGACGCAAGGUCACGACGACGGCUACCCAUUUGAUCGGCCCUCUAUCUGAGCAGGGGAACAACAGUCAUCACUACCAUGGCGCUCUCGCCGAGGUCCACAAGCAGCUCCGGCGCCCGACCAUCCAACGCAGCAUGUUCUCCAUGGCGAGAACGACACCAACCGAUAUGGUGCGCUCCAAGCUGUCCAAAACGGAGAUCCAACACCGCGCUUUGACGUAUCUUCCGGACGAGCUGCUGGCAAACAUCCCCGAGAACGACAAUUCUUAUUCCCUGUUCCAGGGCUUCAAGGCCAGCUUUCCUGACUUGACCGAGGAUGGUAGGAAGCAUCGGCGGCGGGUAUCUAGAGGCAGAAAGCUGUUGGACGACACGGAACACACUCCUGGCACGCCGCAGGCGCUGCACAAUCUCAAGAAAGAUAAGGCCUCGAUGAUGCACGAACUCGAAAUGCUGGGAGUCCGCAAAAACAUGGCAAGCAGCGAAAUUCGAGACAUUGAUAACAAGAUUGCCAAUCUGCACGGCAUGCGACGAAUUAUUUUGGAAAGACUAGCGAACUUGGAACAGGACGAAACAUUAUUAGAACACGACCUUAUGGAUGUCGAGACCCGGUUAGAAGAGGCUCAGGAGCUCGUUGACGAAGCCGAAUCAAUUGCUAUUAACACACCUACGAAGACUGAUGAGGAACUAGCUGGCGACCAGGACGAGUCUGGAUUUAUGUCGCAGUCGGUGUAUGAAAAGCUGCCGUCAGCCUCCGGUACACCAGCAUCUAAACCCAAGAAGAGAGUGGUACGCCGGAAAUCUAUGCCGGUAUUGCACGAGCAUUUCGAGCCCGGCACCGCCAUCAGGGAACUACGCGCACACCAGGAUACAAUUACGGCACUCGACUUUGACGCACCCUUUGGAACAAUGGUUACUUCAGCUAUGGACGACUCGAUAAAGGUUUGGGAUCUCAACGCAGGACGGUGCAUUGGCCUGUUGGAAGGCCAUACGGCAUCUGUCCGGACGCUCCAAGUUGACGACAACUUCCUGGCUACAGGUGGUAUGGAUGCUACGAUUCGUUUGUGGGACUUGAGUAAGGCACAUUAUGACCCUCACGGCAGCCAAUAUGGAAGGGAUGAUGAUGAGGAUGACAUUGCCUUCGAAAACCCCGAUGAUGGUCCGGUCGAGCCUCCCGAGGGAAGCAUGAGAGACUGCCACCUCUUCACUCUGCAAUCUCACGUCGACGAAAUCACGGCUCUUCACUUUAGAAAUGAUGUUCUUGUCUCUGGUUCAGCGGAUAAGACUCUUCGCCAAUGGGAUCUCGAAAAGGGCCGAUGCGUGCAGACGCUUGACGUUAUGUGGGCUGCGGCCCAGGCUUCUGUUUCCUUUGGCAGCGACAGCUCUUGGAGGCAAACGAACCGGGCGCCGGCCCAGACGGCCGACUUUAUCGGGGCGUUGCAGGUGUUCGAGACUGCUCUGGCUUGUGGUACUGCGGACGGCAUGGUACGCCUGUGGGAUUUGCGAAGCGGACAGGUUCACCGGAGUCUGGUGGGACAUACCGGCCCAGUGACGUGCCUGCAAUUUGACGACGUUCACCUUGUUACCGGCAGUAUGGACCGAAGCAUUAGAAUAUGGGAUCUCCGCACAGGAUCCAUCUACGAUGCCUACGCAUAUGACAACGCCGUUACCAGCAUGAUGUUUGACGAGCGGAGAAUCGUCAGCGCGGCGGGCGAGGACGUGGUGAAAGUGUACGAUAAGCUGGAGGGCCGGCAAUGGGACUGCGGCGCUGGCAUCGCUGAGGCGGAAGACAACAAGACGCCUGCCAUUGUAGAACGUGUACGUGUUAGAGAUGGGUACCUCGUCGAGGCGGCAAUGCCAACGCUCCGCAACCCCGCCCUGGUCAAAGAAUGCACCGACAUAGCCACCGCAAUAGGCGCAGACGCGCACUUCGUUCCCCUUUUUGAACGUCGACCACCCGUAACCCAACCGAUUUCAAAAGAAUGGGAGAAAGGCGGUCUCGAUGGUCUUCCAUCAGACGCUCUCACCACCUUCAAAGACCUCGCUUUCGAUGUGCUGGCCACAGGCACGUCGCCUUACCGCCCCGACCUCGACGACGAGGGGAGACUGCUCCGCCUGCUCGAUGAAGAACUGGAAAAGACGUACAGACGAUUCUACGAGUAUGUGUACGCCGAUCUGCCGUACUGCUGGAGACUGCUGUACACGGAUCUGAGUCUGCUCAAGUUCUCACUGAGGAUUCUGGAAAAUGCGAAGAGGCCUGUGGGUGCGGCCGAGGAGGAAGUGGCGAGGGAGGAGGGGCUGUUGGAUGAAUUAGUUGCUAUUCUCGACAAAGCUCUCAUUCUUGCUGGCGGGGCUGGGAGGGAGAGGGGGCGGAGGGUGAUUGAGAAGCUUCUUUCACACCUCGAUGCGACGCCCUCUUUGAAAACGUCGCUGCCGGCGAGGUUUCCUUCAGCGAGAAAGUUCAAUCCACCCAUGACGAAGCCGAUAAGAGUGAUCGAUGGGAUGACCAUGUCCGCGUUUCAGUCGUACCUCGCAUCCGCGGGCGACUUCGGUCCGGAGCCGUUGGUCCUCAAAUCGCUGCUCAUGGACUGGCCCGCGCUCUCAUCAAGGCCGUGGUCUUCACCGUCGUAUCUGUUAUCGAGGACGCACGGCGGCAGAAGGCUUGUUCCCGUCGAAGUGGGCCGAAGCUACGUCGACGAAGGGUGGACGCAAGAACUCAUCCCGUUCAAGGAGUUACUCUCCCGCAUCGUCGGGACAGAUGUCCCCGAAGCAGCAGCAGCAUCUACGGCAGACGAGAACCGGGAGGAGGAGAAGAAGAAAACGACCUACCUGGCACAACACGAACUGUUUUCCCAACUCCCGCAUCUGCAGAAUGACAUUCUCACGCCGGACCACUGCUUCACGUCCCCGCCUCCGCACCCGCUCGACCCUUCCAAGAACAAACCCGAGCUGGACUUACCCUUGGUGAACGCGUGGUUCGGACCCGCGGGGACAAUCACGCCGUUGCACACGGACGGAUAUCACAAUCUCCUCUGCCAGGUCGUUGGGGCGAAGUACCUGAGGUUGUACUCGCCUCACGAUUCCGAGGCAGUGUGUCCCCGAGUGGAAGACGAAGGCGGCGUUGAUAUGUCCAACACGAGCGCGUUCGACGUGGGCGUCGUCGAGGGGUGGGACGAGGACACGGAGGGCAGAGACCCGAUCGAGCUGGAGGAGUUCAGGGGUUUGAGGUAUUGGGAUUGCGUGCUGGAGGAGGGCGACGUGUUGUAUAUACCCAUCGGGUGGUGGCAUUACGUUCGGAGCUUGAGUGUGAGUUUCAGCGUGAGUUUCUGGUGGAACGGUGAUCACUUUGCCGGAGACGGUGCAGGGUGA